CAUGUUUAGUGUUUACAUAUAAAUCUCAUAUACAAAAAAUUUAACUAAGUAAAAAAAAUGGGAUUAACGAAGCAAUAUUUGGCUUAUCGACCAUGUGGGGCAUUUAAUAUAAUUGCAAGUGGGCGGCCAAACAUAAAUUUUGCAGUUUAUAAUAAUAUCGAAGGAAGGUAUUGCUUAGUUGGUGGCGCAGAAAAUGCUAUACUUUGGGAUUUAAAAUUAGGAACAAAAUGUUUUCAAUUGGAAAGAGAAAAGACGGAAGUAACAUCAUUAAGGAUCAGUCCGGAUAACGAGCAUGCUGCCAUUGGGUAUAUUGACGGGAUAGUUCAAAUAUUUGAACUGAAAACACAAUCAUCUAUAUGUUCUUUAUCAGUUCAUAAAACAGCUGUGAAUAUUUUAAGAUAUGACAGUAUUGGAAUGCGGUUAAUUUCUGGUGGCGCAGAUACAGAGUUGGUUGUUGUAGACACAGUGUCUUUAAUUGGGAAAUGUCGUUUAGUAGGUCAUAAUGCACCAAUUACUGAUGCUCAUUUUUUAGUAGAAUUAGAUAAUGUUGCAAUUUCCGGUUCAAAAGAUACACAAAUUAAGUUUUGGAAUUUAGAAACACAAACUUGUUUUAAAACAUUGGUAGAUAAUCGAACAGAAGUAUGGAAUUUGGCAUAUACAACCCAAUUUUUGUUUUCUGGUUGCGGUGAAAGUACAAUAAAUGUUUAUAAAAUUACAAAAAUUGAUACAGAAAAUAAAGAGGAAUUAGUCGUUCCGCUCAUAGAAGGAUUAAGCAUUGAUGAUGAUAAUUAUGUAAGUCCUGUUCAUGUAAUUAAUUGUGGUGUUAUACAAAGAGCAGGUAAAGGUAGAACAGUUAAUAUGAUUGCUGAUGCAACUGGUAGAAUACUGGCAGUGAACGGGACGAAUGAUGUCAUAGAAUUAUUCUACUUAUGUUCUAGAGAAGAAGCUAUUACGCGAUUGAAUAAACGAUUGAAAAAGUUAGAAAAAAAAUCAGAAACCAUUUCUUCAAAGGAGUUGUCGUUAUCUGAUGAAAUCAAACGCUUAAAUAGCAUAAAAGUUGGGAAUAAAAUUAAAUCAAUAGAUUUGCUAUUUGGAGAAAAUAAUGAGUUGCGAAUUUUAGUGAACCUUGCCAACAAUUCGCUUAGAUUAUAUUCCCUUGACUUAUCAAAGAAAAACGGAGAAGCAAUCCUUCUUAAAUCAAUUACACAAUGUGGUCAUCAAUCUGAAGUGAGAACAGUUGCUUUUAGCUCUGAUUCGCAUUUAAUAUUGUCUGGAAGCGGUGAAAGUGCAAAAAUAUGGCUAAGAGAAUCCAUGCAAUGCAUUAAAACGAUACCUACUGAAUAUGUUAUAAGCAGUAUAUUUGUUCCUGGAGAUAAGCAUAUAAUCUUAGGCUUAAAAUCAGGUAGUUUAAUAAUUGUGGAUGUAACUGUUGGUGAAAUUAUUGAAGAAAUACCAGCACAUAAGAGUGAAUUGUGGUCCAUUUGCUUAUUACCAGAUUUAAAAGGAUGUGUUACAGGAAGCAGUGACAAAACUGUUAAAAUUUGGUUAUUUGAAUUAAUAGAAAGCGAAAGUCAGAGUGAAAAAGUUUUAUCGUUGCUUCAUAAAAAUACCUUAGUUUUAGAAGAAAGCGUUUUAUGCUUGAAAGUCAGCCCAAAUAGUAAAUUUCUAGCGGUUGGAUUACUCGAUUCGACGGUUAAAAUAUUCUUUUUAGAUAGUUUUAAAUUUUUUCUUUCUUUAUAUGGUCACAAAUUACCAGUUUUAUGUUUAGACAUGUCGUAUGACUCUCAAUUAAUAGCAACAGGCUCGGCAGAUCGUAAUAUAAAAAUAUGGGGCCUAGAUUUUGGAGAUUGCCAUCGAUCUUUAUUUGCUCAUGAUGACUCGGUCAUGAGCUUGCAAUUUAUUCCAAAUACUCAUAUGCUUUUCACAGCUGGAAAAGAUGGGAAAAUAAAGCAAUGGGAUGCUGACACUUUUGACAAAAUUACAACAUUUUCGAACCAUGUUGGGGAAAUUUAUAAUAUAGCAAUAAGUUUUGAUGGCUUAUUUUUGGUGAGUAGUGGAUGUGAUCGUACGAUAAGAUUAUUCAAUCGAACUGAUGAACCCAUUGUGUUGAGCGAUAUACAAGAGGAAGAACGCGAAGAAAUCGAGAAUCGACAAUUAGCUACAAGUGAAAAUAACAGUGUUCCUUUAUUACCAGGUUUAAAAAUGCCUUCAAGAAAAACGGUUGGUUCUGAAAAAGCAGCUGAAUCAAUUUUAGAAUGUUUGGAAAUUUGUAAAGAAUAUGAAGUAGAAGGUUUGAAACUGAACAAUUUACAUCCAUUAAUGAAGGCAUAUGGAACAUCUAACACAAAUGAUUUUUUAAUUUCUGUCUUUCAAAGAAUUCAAUCUUCAGAUUUAGAAGAAGCUUUAUUAUUACUUCCAUUCUCUAAUGUAAUUGAAAUAUUAAAAAAGAUUCCAGUAUUAGCUGAAAGUCGAAAAGAUCAAUGUGAACUGAUUUUGAGGAUUACAUUAUUUUUAUUUCGGGUCCAUCAAAAGCCAAUUACAAGCAAUCACACACUUUCAAAAAGUAUAAGUAAAUUAAUAAAUAUUUUACAGAAAUUAGCGGAAGAGUUAAGAGAUAUGAUUGGGAUUAAUUAUCAUUCAUUACAAUUACUACAAAGAGAUAUUGAAGAGCGUGAAGGCAUUGAGUUCUUCCGCGAUGCAACAAAAUCAAAAAAGCAACGUGAAAAAAAUAAAAAAAGGCUUCUUUUGAAAAGAGUUCAUGUUUAAGAUAUUUUUAUUACUUUUCCUUAAUCGUGUUAGGUUUCCUUAUAUGCAUAAUUAUGCAUUUAUGUACAUAUUAUUAUGUGUAUACAUAUUAUGUGAAAAAUAAAAAUAUA